AUGUUCCCCAAUGACGAAUCAGACUACACCUACACCGCCAAUGUUUACUACUGCAAGGUAUGUCCCAGGUCGACGGGGACGAAGAACUGGCGCAAGCAUCUCGGCACGAAAUCACACAAACGAAGCGUUGCGGAGCGCGAGGCUACAAGCAGACCGCGACCGCCUUCGCCUGACGGCAUCCCACAAGCCGGGCCUCCAGCAGUAGAGGAAGAGCACCUUGCAUACACGGAGCACUCUUGGGCCUGCGGGCCGGGGUUGAUUGAUCUCGACCAGUACGCCCCCCCUUCACCGUCGAACGUGCGCGGUCUUGUCGCCGACCUCGCCGCGGCCCAUGCUGCGAACCGCUCAGAAGCCAACGGGGUCAGUCAGGCGUCAGUGGUCCCCGACUCGCACGGCGGCCUCCUCAAAGACCUCAUGACUAUCGCGGCGCACAAGGGCGAUAAUAUGGAAGAAGAUGAGCGGCCGAUUGUGCGCACUGACAAGAGAUCAGAUAGGGUUGAAACCAGCGCCUGGUACCCUUUCAAGAGCAAGUUGGUCAGUCCAAUGCCGCUCAAUUCUCUUUCCACCAACUUUUGA